AGUAACUCCAAUGUGAAGGUCGCAGUUCGCGUCCGACCAAUGAACAGAAGAGAAAAAGACCUGAAGACCAACUGUGUGGUGGAGAUGGAGGGGAACCAGACAGUGUUGAACCCUGCUAGUCAGAACCUCAGCAAGGGAGACCCCCGGAAUCAGCCUAAGGUUUUUGCUUAUGACCACUGCUUCUGGUCCAUGGACGAGUCCGACACAGACAAGUUUGCGGGUCAAGACGUUGUGUUCCAGUGCCUUGGAGAGAGUCUUCUGGACAAUGCCUUCUUGGGCUAUAACGCCUGUAUCUUUGCCUAUGGACAGACAGGUUCAGGGAAGUCGUACACCAUGAUGGGUUCGUCAGAGCAGCCAGGUCUGAUCCCGCGGCUGUGCAGCUCUCUGUUUGACCGGACCCUACUGGAACAGAGGGAGGGAGAGAGCUUCACUGUCGAGGUCUCCUUUAUGGAGAUCUACAACGAGAAGGUUCGCGACCUACUGGACCCUAAAGGAAGUCGUCAGGCCCUGCGAGUGAGAGAACACAAAGUGUUCGGGCCGUACGUUGAUGGUCUGUCUCGUCUGGCUGUAGCCUGCUAUAAGGACAUAGAGUGUCUGAUGUCAGAGGGUAACAAGUCUCGUACAGUAGCAGCCACCAACAUGAAUGAGGAGAGCAGCAGGUCCCAUGCCGUCUUCAACAUCAUCCUCACACACACACUAAUGGACCUGGGUUCUGGGACCAGUGGUGAGAAGGUCAGUAAGCUGAGUCUGGUGGAUCUGGCUGGCAGUGAGAGAGCUGCUAAGACUGGAGCUACUGGAGAGAGGAUGAAGGAGGGGAGCAACAUCAACAAGUCUCUAAGCACGCUGGGCCUGGUGAUAUCAGCACUGGCAGACCAAGGAGCAGGGAAGAACAAGACCAAGUUUGUUCCCUACAGAGACUCAGUUCUCACCUGGCUACUCAAGGACAGUCUGGGUGGUAACAGUAGGACAGCCAUGGUAGCCACGGUGAGUCCAGCAGCUGAUAACUAUGAUGAGACUCUGUCCACGCUGCGCUACGCUGACCGGGCUAAGAGCAUCGUCAACCACGCCGUCGUCAACGAAGACCCCAACGCACGCAUCAUCAGAGAGCUACGGGUGGAGGUGGAGAAACUACGAGACCAGCUUACUGAGGCUGAGUCUAUGAAGGCUCCAGAUUUGAAGGAGAGGCUGGAGGAGUCAGAGAAACUGAUUCAGGAGAUGACGGUUACCUGGGAACAGAAACUACGGAAGACUGAGGCGGUGGCUCAGGAGCGUCAGAAACAGUUGGAGUCUCUAGGUAUCUCUCUCCAGUCGUCUGGCAUCCGAGUGGUAGACGACAAGUGUUUCCUUGUCAACCUCAACGCCGACCCUGCCCUCAAUGAGCUGCUGGUUUACUAUCUAAAGGAGCACACGCGUGUUGGCUCAGCUGACUCUCAGGAUAUUCAGCUGUGUGGUAUGGCCAUCCACCCUGAACACUGUGUCAUCAACAUCACCGCUGACACUGGAGUGGUUCUCACGCCACACCGCAGCUCCCGUACGUGUGUGAAUGGCUCUUCAGUCACCAACCCAGUCCUGCUUCACCAUGGAGACCGCAUCUUGUGGGGAAACAACCACUUCUUCAGGAUCAACCUGCCCAGACACCUAGCCCAUGCGGGGGGUGAGGAUGAGGCGGGUAGUGUGAUGAAGAAUUGCCUCAGUACUGACCAGUUGGAAGUGGACUUUGAUACGGUCAGCAAUGUGUCCAGUGAGCUCAGCUUUGGCUACGAGUUCGCCCAGACAGAGGUCAUGAUGAAGGGCAUGGGAAACAACGACCCCAUGCAGUCUGUCCUCCAGACGUUGGAGCGACAGCACGAGGAGGAGAAGAGGGCGGCUCUGGAGCGCCAGAGACAGAUGUACGAGCAGGAGCUGCAGCAGCUGAGGAAGCAGCUCCCUCCUGCAGAGAAACACACUCUGCUGCUGCAGAGCCCUGGGCCUGCAGGCCUGGAGCCAGCCGGACCCUCAGCACCAGCGGCGGCAUCGAUCGCAUCAUCACCUUGCGCCCAGACACGCAUGCGAAGAUGGAGCGAGAACAGAGAGGCCAUGAUGACUCGUAGCCUGCGAAGACUGAGGGAACAGAUCGUCAGAGCUAACCUGCUGGUGCAGGAGGCUGGCUUCAUAGCUGAGGAACUCAACAAGAGGACGGAGUACCUGGUCACACUGCAAAUACCUGCUGCUAACCUCGACGCCAACAGGAAGCGUGAUGCGGUGCUGAGUGAGCCCGCGGUGCAGGUGAGACGUAAGGGUAAAGGGAAGCAGAUCUGGGCUCUGGAGAAGAUGGAGAACAGAGUGGUGGACAUGAGAGACCUCUACCAGGAGUGGAAAGACUACGAUGAAGACAACCCUGUGAUGCGUUCCUACUUCAAGCGUGCCGACCCGUUCUUCGACGAGCAGGAGAACCACAGUCUGAUAGGAGUGGCCAACGUGUUUCUGGCCUGUCUCUUCUGCGACGUCAAGCUGCAAUACGCUGUACCUAUCAUCAACCAGAAGGGAGAGGUUGCAGGGCGUCUACAUGUGGAGGUGUGGCGAGGGAGCGAGGGGCUGGAGAAAGUAGAGACCAGUCCAGAUGGAGAGACACAGGAACGCAAAAUGGAGUGUGUGGUCAGGAUCCUGCAGGCUACAGGUCUUCCUCGCCACCUGUGUAACUUUGUGUUCUGCCAGUACCAUUUCUGGGGGCAGGAUGAGCCUGUGUUCAUCGCCCCGGAGGUGGAGCCCACGCCCCCCUCAGCCACCAGCAGAGAUCCCCUCUGCACCGUACUUUUUGACAGUAGCAAGGAGCUGGAGGUGUGUGUGUCUGAGGAGUUUGUGGAGUUUGUGGCGGAGGGGGCAGUGGCCAUCGAGGUGUUUGGACAUAAACAGGUGAACCACCGCAGGAACUUGGCUCUCUGGGACCUGGGAGUCAUUCAGGCCAAGACACGAACCCUCAGAGAGAGGUGGAGUGAGGUGACUCGUAGGCUGGAUCUCUGGGUUCAGGUGUUGGAGCUGAAUGACGCAGGAGAGUUCACCCCUGUAGAGGUCCUACCACCCAAGGACGUACGCACCGGGGGCAUCUUCCAACUCAAACAGGGGCAGUCUCGCCGUUUGCAGGUGGAGGUACGGUCCGUACCUGACUCAGGAACCAUGCCCCUCAUCGCCACAAACAUCCUCUCUGUUUCCAUUGGCAACGUGGAGGUACGGGAGGCCUGCCCCUGGGAUGAGGACGUGGACAGCUAUCAGGAAGGUGAUCUGGAGAGGUUGAGGGACCAGUGGCUGACCACCCUCACUAAGAGGCAACAGUACCUGGACCAGCACCUGCAGAAGAUGGUCCAAAAGCCAGAUAAGUCAGAGGAUGAUGUGGAGAGGGAGGCCCAGCUGUUAGAGUGGCGUCUGACCCUGACAGAGGAACGUAACGCCGUCCUGGUACCUUCGGCUGGUAGCGGGAUCCCUGGAGCCCCCGCUGAGAGAGUUCCUGUUCCUGGGAUGGAGGCACACAUUCCUGUUCUCUUCCUGGACCUCAGUGCUGACGAUUUCCAGGAUAACCUAUCUGCUCCACUGGCUGGGGGUCUAGAUGCCAUGCUUAACCAGGAGGAUGGGGAUGCGUUCUUUGACCUGCACAUAGUCAAGCACUACGAUGGAGAGGUUGGUGCAGAGGCGUCGUGGGACUCGACGGUACAUAACUGUCCCCAGCUGAGUCGCAGUGUGUCAGCUGACCUCAAGGUGUACCUGAUCGUCAGGGUCGUAGUUCAGCUCUCUCACCCUGCUAACAUACACCUGGUCCUCCGAAAACGCAUCUGUGUCAACCUAGCCGGACAACAGGGUUGGGGUCAGAGUCUGUUGAAGAGGAUGUCUCAUCGCAGCACCAUCCCUGGUUGUGGAGUCACCUUCGAGAUCGUCUCCAACAUCCCUGGGCAUGUCCAGGGUCCAGAGGACAGAGAGAUGCUGGCCAGACUAGCAGCCAGUGUAGAUGUUCAGGAUGUCCAUUCAGCGGACAGUGAGGCGGCCAUAGAGAAGUACCUCCGCAGUGUCCUGGCUGUGGAGAAUAUACUCACCCUGGACCGACUACGACAGGAAGUAGCAGUAAAGGAGAAGUUGUCUGUCAAGGCCAAGUCUCCAAGUCGUGCUCUCAGCUCUCCUAACGUGAACCGGCUGUCAGGAUCCUGGAGCAGACAGGAUCUGUCCUCCAAUCACAGGCUAGAUAACAACAAGGGCUGGUCAGAGAGUAACCAGGAUCUGUCAGUGUUCUCUCCACCGUCCAACUCCAGACGCACCCUGCCUAGCUCCGCUCUGCCUCUUGCCCAGAACAUCCACCCUGAGACUAUCAAGGCUCUGGUUCCUCCUGUCCCGAAACUGCUAAAGUCCCUGUUCCCAACCAGGGAGGAGAAGAGAGACCUGACCCAUGUCCCACAGCAGCCCCUCCCUCAGAGCCUACCUCGCAUCGUAGUGCAGUCAGCAAGUGUUGAAGAGGACAUGGAUACAAAACUUAGUCACUUGGUUCCCAUUGGGGAAAUCAUCCCCCCAAAGUGCCAAUCAGAGGCUGCGAAAACCAUGCCCCUCCCCCCGGCUAUCAUCCCUCCCAUCAUCCCUGAGAUGGAAGACCCCGUCCCCAGUCCGGUCAGCGAGGCAUCCAGCGGCUACAUGUCCACCAGCGUCUCCACGGCAACCCUGUCAGAGGCUUACCUGAUUUGUGGGGACCUCGCUCUGUCAGCCAAUCUCAAUCCAGAUGGCUUUGAGGUGAUGCACAGGUCGUUCGAGUCCGACAUCGGUCGGUGUCUUCAUCGGGAGUCUAACAUGGCCGGCCAGGAGGAAGAGAGGGAUGCUUCUCAGAUACCUCAGGCCACUGCUUCUGACCUGGAGGCUUCAGAGAAACAGAGGACUGGUACUAGUACUCCCCAGGCAGACGGGACUGGUAUUGAUACACUCCGAGCAGAAUCUUCUCUCCCAUCGGAACCACAUGGAACCUCCGCAGAACCUCUUCUCAUAUCAGAAUCCUCAGGAGAACCUGAAGAUAUGACUCCACCAGAGUCACUGACACACAAGUUUACACAAGACUACUACAGACUACUACCGUGUGAAGGAUCAAUCCAACCAGAGUCACUGACACUGUCUACACAAGAACAGUCUGUAGUAUCUAAUGAGUCUAAACCACCAGUACAGCCAGUCAAGUCUGUACAAGAACAACUGACACAGUCUUCACCAGACAAGUUAACAGAAAAACUGUCUGUAGUAUUAGACCAGUCAGAACCACCAGUCCACAUAAAAGACCCAGUCCAGUUAGAAGAACCACCAGUGGAGCCAAAGUCAUCUCGGGUACAGAGUGAGGAAACAGCUGAGUCAGCACCUCUAGACCAGCUAGCACCUCUAGAUCAGCUAGUACCGGCAGACCAACUAGCACCAACAUACAAGCUAGCACCGGCAGACCAGCCUGAACCUGCACUUACCCCUGUAAAGCCUCUGGUUGUCGAGCUUGCACCUAGCCAGCCAGCCGAAGCUCCAACCCUGGCUCCAACCCUGGCUCCAACCCUAGCUCCAACCCUAGCUCCAACCCUGGCUCCAACCCUGGCUCCAACCCUGGCUCCAACCCUAGCUCCAACCCUAGCUCCAACCCUGGCUCCAACCCUGGCUCCAACCCUAGCUCCAACCCUGGCUCCAACCCCAACCCUAGCUCCAACCCUGGCCCCAACCCCAACCCUAGCUCCAACCCUGGCCCCAACCCUAGCUCCAACCCUGGCUCCAGCUCCAACCCUAGCUCCAACCCUAGCCCCAGCUCCAACCCUAGCUCCAACCCUAGCCCCAGCUCAAGCCCCAGCCCCAACCCUUGCUUCAGCUCCAAUCACUGCUGUAACUCCUGCUCCUGUCCCACCCAAAGCCCCUCUCCUAACCCCUGUCCCAGCCCUUCUUCCAGCCCUUCUUCCAGCACUAGUUGUCAAACCUCCCAGUAGCUCGGCAGCCAACCCAUUCAAGAUCCAGAAAGUAAAGACGUCCGAUCUGAAGUCCUUCCAUCCUAUCGUAAAUGAGGAUGAGAGCCAGGCCAGGAACAGUGGUCUUAGUGCUGAUCUCUCUCUUCCUCUGGAGAUUCUCUCUGACUCAGACGAAGGAGACACUGCCACAGAGGUGCCUGACUGGCUGAAGGAGGGGGAGUUUGUGACUGUAGGAACUAAUAAAAGUGGCACUGUGCGCUACGUGGGACCUACGGAUUUCGCAGACGGAACCUGGGUCGGAGUGGAGCUGGACUUACCUGCAGGGAAAAACGACGGGUCUGUGGGUGGAAAGCACUACUUCCACUGUAACCCUGGUUACGGGGUGUUGGUGCGUCCUGAUAGGGUGAGCCGUGGAGGAGUCGGGGGCGGAGCUAAGGAGAAGCGGCGACAGCAGCAGAAGCGUCGCAGUGCUAACUUAUCAGGGUCCAUCCCUAACCUGGCUGCCCUCACUGCCCUGGCCAAGGGAGAGGGGGCUGGGGCCGGUCGCAAAGGAGACAACCGUAAAUCCUGGAACAGCUGAGAGGAGAGAGUAGCAGAGUUGGGGUCAAUUUCAUUUCAGUCAAUUCAAGAUGGAAACUGGAAUUCCAAUUUCAAUUUCCCCUGAACACUUCUCUAGAGAUGCAUUGAGGAAAAUUGAAAUUCGAAUUUCAGUUUACUUCCCUAAUUGCUGGAAUUGAAACGAGAUUGAUCCCCAACCUGGUGGGUACUAGACACUACGCAAUGCCACAACCAACUAGUAGAGGUGCAACCGAAAACCAAAGCAACGUGUCAAGACAUAAGAGGUGCACCUUUUUCUCGUUUUAAAUGUUCAGUCACUGAUGGACAGAUAGAGGAGAGGCCCAGUUCAUGGUGCUGGCUGCAUCAAGGAGUAGGAUUAAGUUACCCCAAGUGAUCUUGGGUCAGUUUGACUUUUUCCCCACUCAUGGAUAAGGUUAGUAUUGGGGGGAGGGGAAGCUGAUCCUAGAUCUGUAUCUAGGGGUAACUUCAUCCCGGAGCCAGUUUUGUGAAGUUGCCCCUAGAAACUGAUCUUGGGUCAGUAUAGCAUUUUCUUCACUAAUGGAUAGGUUCGGGAGGGGGGGGGGGGGCUGAUCCUAGAUCUGUACCUAGGGCAGGGGUGUCAAACUCAUUCCACGGAGGGCCCUAGAGUCUGCUGAUUUUUGUUUUUUCCUUUCAAUUAAGACUAAGACAACCAGGUGAGGGGAGUUCCUUACUAAUCAGUGACCUUAAAGCAUGAAACACACCGAGAAUCUGACUGUCGAUGGACUGCCGAUAGGUACUUAUCACAGUGGGAGGCCGUUCCUUCUCUUGCUAGAACAAAAGAGGUACCUGCUGCAUGCCGACCCGGCUAGCUAGCUAUGUUAUGCUAGCAAACUAAACAUUUGGCUAGGGACUGGCCGUAUGGGAUUAUGGAGAGUGAAUUAAAUGGUUUCUUUGUCAUCUUGCUGGGUAGUUAUCUAGCUGUGGCCAUCUGGUUAGUAUCAACAAAGACUUUCUACUAGGCUUGGGUGAUAUACCUUAUAUCGGGGUAUUUUCGAAAUACCGUUGGUAUGAUUUUCGAUACCAAUGGUUUGCUAACUUGCCAGCUAAAUUGCUAGACGUCAAGGUGAAACUUCUUGUUUACAGCAGAGCCAUUCAAUCCCCUCCUGGAUGGAUCAAGAUCCCUGAUGCUUAAAUUUUUUGGGGCAUUUUUUUGGUAUGUUUUUUUAUUUUUAUGGCGCCCCCUUGUGUGCACAUUUAGUAAUACCGUAUACCCUGGUAUGGUUCAGAAACGGUAUGAACAUCUGGAUACUUCCCGACCCUACUUUCUACGAAAUAGGAACAUUAGCGCAGAUAGCUUGGAAUCUAGACCAUAAGCAGUACGCACAGAUAUGCAUUGCCAACAACGCUACUGCCACCUUCUGGUUUGGAGUAUUUUAACAAGGCUGAGUGGCUAACGACUUCAAAGGUCUUUGCUGUAUGAACACAAAAGAGAGAUUGACUGCCGCACUGUUUUGGAGGUGCUAAGUACUGUCAGGUAAACGUUUGACAAGCCUACCGCUGUGUCUUAGCUUUAAUUCAUCAAUCAAGUACAAGGGAGGCGGUGAAAACCUGCACACACUCAGCACUCUUUGGAAUGAGUUUGACACAUGACCUAGGGCAGGGGUUCUCAAAGUAGGAUCUGCGGCUAGAACUUUCAAUUUUAUUUAUUUAUUUUAAAUUUGGGGGGGGGGGGGAUAUUACUAACAAAAGAUUGAACGACUUUUGGCCAAGGUAUCCGUGGAAUAAGUUUUUAAAGUGUAUUUAUAGUAGUAAUUUGUAAUUUAUGUUAUUAACCCUGGAGGCUUACAGGGAUAUUGGAAUCCACAGUACUCCACCAAUUAUCUUAUUUUUUUUUUUACAUAAAUGCACUGUGAUUUAAGUUCUAAAAUGGCAAAGUUUGCUCUUUGCCUCGUGGCAAAAUGUGUAGAAUUCCAGGAUAAUAGUUUGAAAACUGCAACAUUUUCUCUCUGAUGCCAAGAGGCAGGGCUUUUAAAUGUUUUUUCUCCGGGCUUUAGACUUGGUUUGUUCAGCCAUGCACUGCAGACGUCAUAGUAAAACUCCCUGUAGGCUGUUUUUAACACACUGGACAUGUCUUCUGAUUAUGAGCAGCGGGUCCUUGUUGAAUUUUCUAUCACAAAAGGGGUCCCAGGCCCCAAACAGUUUGAGAACCCCUGACCAAGGGGAAACUUCACCUCAGAGCUUUCUUUCAUAUCAUCUGAAUGUAUUUUUUUGUCCUGAUUGGGUCUCUCAGGUUCUCAAAUAACACGUGCCAUAUUUUAUUACCAGGGUUGCGUCAAUUCCAUUUCAAUUCAGGAAAUACACAAAUUCCAAUUAUAUUCAAUGCUUUUCAAUUAGGAAUUUGGUUUGCUUUCUGAAUUGACUGAAAUUGAAAUGGAAUUAGCCCCAAACCUGGUUAUUACCUAUGUUAGUAGAACAGUAUGGCAGAACAAUAUGUUAUGAGUAUCUGUUUUUAGCUAACAAGAAAUAUUCUGUG